AUGGCUACCACCACAACCACCACCACCCUCACCCAAGUUCUCUCCUCCGACCCCCCUGCUUCCGAGCCUCAGCAUUAUGGAAAGCUGCGUUACAUUCCCGAGGGUCAAACCCCCACCCCGUCUCCUCACAACUUCCAUCUCCCUGCUAUGGCUGAGUUUGGUGACGUCCGACUGCAACCUCUUAUCGACAUGCGGCCAGUCCCAACGAUCGCGGAACUGCCAAAGGCGAAGGAGGGCGCCGCUCAGCUUGAUACCCACGGUUUCACUGCCCUCCGUCACCCCACAACCAUGAAUGCACCCCCUUAUAGCCGCGCGAGCUGGAGUGACCCCAAACUCCUCAAGGAACUCUACGUGCCCGAGACGGAGGAGAUGGUCAAACAAGUCACCGGCGCAAAGACCGUCAUCACUGAAGCUCUUCUAUUGCGCAGCGCCAUCUGGUCCGAAGCGGACGCUCUCGCUACACAUGCAGGCCAUGGGGACCAAAAGGAAGAACAGCAGCCGCCAGAGAAGUCGCAGGAGGAGAAGGAACUCGAACUCGGCUUCCCCCAGUUCAUUGGUUUUUCCAAGCAACACGGUGGUGCCAGUCCUGCUCCUAAAGUCCAUCUGGACUAUGCCCCCAAUGGUGCGCGGAUGCAUUUGAGGAAGUAUCACCCCACCAUGACGGCCACUGCGCAGCCCAUCAUCGAUGCAGAGGAGAAACUGCUGGCACAAGGCAAAUCGUUGAGAGAGGAGUACGCCGAAUCCGGUCUGGGACCUCGCUGGGCACUGUACUCCAUCUGGCGGCCCUUGAAGCGUGUCCGUCGUGAUCCCCUCGCCCUGGGCGAUGCGCGUACCUUCCUCGAGAGCGACUAUGUCCCGGUCAUUGUGAAGACACCCAACCUCGGCAUCUCCCCAGACUCAAAGGAAACACACGACACAGAAUCAUAUCUUGCCCACUGGUCUUCGGGACAGAAAUGGUACUUUAUCAGCCAGCAAGAGCCUGAGGAGGUCUUGGUCAUUAGCCUUUUCGACAGCAAUCGCGACAAGGAGACCGUCGCCGCCGGCGGUACCCUGCAUUCCAGCGUUGAUCUGCCCGGAACCGAGAAUGAAGAGCCCAGGGAGAGCCUGGAGCUCCGAUGUCUCGCCAUUUGGUAA